AUGGCACCAUUCGAGUCGCCGGACGCUUCUCCGAAAAGGUCUGCGCGAGAUACCUUGGUCACGGUGGAUAUGAAAGGAUCGACCGGACGUGGAGGAUCGCGCGAAGGGCUCGGCAUGUCUCUGACGAUCGGAUCCGGAGAAGGCCCAGCCGAAGGUUGUGCCGCCGUAUUGGACGCACAACGACGACUGGAGGACCGCGAAUCAGAUAAAGCAGCUAAAGUCUCAUCCUCACCUGCCGACGUAUCCUCCCCCGCAGACGAGGCUGAGCUCGGCCCACGGCGCUUCUGCUUGCCCAGUUUCGGGGUAGCUGCAGGCUUCGCUGGAUCAUGGCGAUUCUUGAAUCGCGACGAUCCUUAG